AUGCCGACAACCAACGACUAUCAUAUUACUAAGGAGUUUCGAAUGGGUGGGAACUCACAAGGUGCCGUUGCCGCGCCUGCUACAGCGCGUAUGAUGGGGAAGCAUGGCAGCGCCACGAGUAAUUCGACAACCCCCAAUGGGGACUCUGGACUGAUGCCUGCGGUAGAAUUGAGUCAUGAAACAACUGGGAAAAGUAGUGGGGCUGCUUUGAAACAAUUUCAUCGCAAAUCGCUCGGGGACUGGGAUUUUUUGGAGACUGUGGGCGCUGGGUCGAUGGGCAAAGUGAAGUUGGCUAAACACAAGUAUACAGGCGAAAUGUGUGCGAUAAAGAUUGUGAAUCGAGCAACGAAAGCGUUUAUGCAUAAGGAGGCGCAGUUGCCGGCGCCCAAGACGCAAGAAGAAAUGAUGGAACGAGAACGGAAACUCGAUAAAGAAAUCUCGCGUGACAAACGUACCAUACGUGAAAGUUCAUUGGGUCAGAUCUUGUACCAUCCGCACAUAUGUCGAUUGUUCGAGAUGUGUACUAUGAGUAACCAUUUCUACAUGCUCUUCGAAUACGUGUCAGGCGGUCAACUGCUCGACUACAUCAUCCAGCACGGAUCCCUGCGCGAACGCAACGCGCGUAAGUUCGCACGCGGUAUCGCCAGUGCGCUACAGUAUUUGCACUCCAACAAUAUUGUCCAUCGCGAUUUGAAGAUCGAAAAUAUAAUGAUAUCCACGUCUGGUGAGAUAAAAAUCAUAGAUUUUGGGCUCUCGAACAUGUACGACCCCAAGAAACAAUUGCACACGUUUUGUGGGUCUCUUUAUUUUGCAGCUCCAGAAUUACUCAAGGCGUGCCCCUACGUCGGUCCCGAAGUGGACGUUUGGUCCUUUGGUGUAGUGCUUUACGUUUUGGUUUGUGGUAAAGUUCCCUUUGAUGAUGAGAACUCGAGCGUUUUGCAUGAAAAAAUAAAACAGGGCAAAGUCGAUUAUCCACAACAUUUGUCCAUCGAGGUCAUUUCUCUGUUGUCUAAGAUGCUUGUGGUUGAUCCCUUCAGGCGUGCAACUUUGAAACAAGUUGUCAAUCACCAAUGGAUGCAAAGAGGUUACGAUUUUCCUGUGCCUUCUUAUGUUAUGCAAAGAGUACCACUGACUCCCGAGAUGUUAGACGCAAGCGUUAUCAAAGAAAUGUACAGACUAGAGUUUAUCGACGACAUAGUCGAAACAACUGCCUGGUUGACCAGCCUGAUCUCGAGUUCCGAAUAUCGUUUACUUUCUAAGCAAUAUUGGGAUACUGUCAAUCAAUCCACGCAACAUUUCGAAGAUCCAACGCGCGCGUAUCAUCCACUGCUUUCCAUAUAUUAUCUUGUCGAUGAAAUGCUAAGACGCAAGCUGGCCAAACAGAAAAAGAGGGCGGCCGUAUCUGCCCAGGACAAGUCCCGCCAGAGUGCCGAACUGCCUGCCGUUCUUGAAAACGAUGCCCGUGGUGCGUCACAAAACAAAGUUCCAAAACAAUAUAUCUCAAUACCAGAAAUUCCAUCCAACAAAAGAAUUGCAGAGAUCUCCCCUGCGAAAAAUCUACCUGCUAUCAUGGUUCCACCAAAAUUGGCAAUCCCGGAACAAGCACACACCUCUCCUACAAAUCGGAGGCCCAGUGAGAUCCAAAGUGCCUCUGUGGAUUUGGACAAUGUAUUGUCUCCUACUCCUCAGUCUAACGAUUUUGACCAAACUACUGCUGCUACAAUGCAAACUCCGACUGAACCAUCCAGCGGGAGUGCUGAAAAAUCCAAGUUCGGCACAAUCUUGAGGAAAUUAUCCCAAAGGCGGCACAAUCAGGUUCCUGCGACCCAACACGUCAAUCCUGAUCACAAAAUCUCACAGUUACAAUCGCCCUCAGAGAUGCCAGCGAAUAAUCGUAAGACACACACUCGCGCAGUCUCUGAAUAUGCGCCCACUAACUUCCCAAGCUAUGAUAGUACCUCAACGGCUACUCAAAACGAGUCUUUUUUCCGAGAACAUUCUAAUUUACCUGCAUUACCAACAAACGCUGCGAAUCUGAUUCAAAAUGAACAGAAGCUCCAAGGCGAUAUGCAAAGUUUAAGCAUUGCUGACGAGGACAAACCUUUGCCUCUGCUAGGCGUACCAAAAGGUCGCAAAAUGCAUCCUUCUGCAAGAGCGAAAUCUGUGGGACAUGCUCGCCGUGAGUCUCUCAAAUAUAUGAGACCCCCUGUGCCUUAUGAUUAUCCUGUACCAAAUGAUGUGAACGACGACGGCUUCCUUGAAAAUAGCGAUGACGGCAGAUCCGAUUACAUGGGCAAUGUGGAGUCCGCUAAUGGGGUUAAUACAGAGCUAACUGACCAGCAAGUUUUAGAGCUCGCAGCAAAGGCUCCGCCGGGUUCAAUGCCUUCGAUCGAUUUCCCUCGCUCUUUGUUCUUGAAGGGUUUCUUUUCAGUGCAGACUACAUCCUCAAAGCCCCUGCCGGUUGUUCGUUACAAAAUUAUUUCUGUUUUGAAGAAACUGAACAUCGAAUUUAAGGAGGUUAAAGGUGGGUUUGUCUGUCUUCAUACGCAAUCAUACGUCAGCCCAAACCAGCUACACGGCCAUAUCCAGAGACAACAACAACCAGCGAUUGUCGUUAAUGAUGCCUCAUCUACUGGAAGUGAUGGAAGUACACACAGACGAAACAUGUCCAUUCCGGGCCGCCAGGGUUCAGUUUCUCGUCAAAGCUCGCUGCGGCGUCAAACGUCUGUUAAUCACACUAAUCACCCCUCUAUUUCCGCUACUCCAAUUGCUGCUGGCACUCAUGAAAGAAAGCUUUCUGUUGUUUCUCCAACACAGGCCAGCGGCAGUGUUGGUGAAAUUUCUGCCGCGUCAUUAGAACUAUUACACCAGGACGACAUCUUGACUACUUCUAAAGCCCAAGACAUGAACAGGAUAGACAACGAAAUGGUCACCAAUGCUGAAUCAAAAGAGAGACCUCCUUUGAAAUUUGAGAUUCACAUCGUCAAGGUAAGGAUAGUCGGAUUGGCUGGUAUCCAUUUCAAAAAGGUCUCAGGUAAUACUUGGAUGUACAAAGAGCUGGCAUCUCAUAUCUUACGCGAACUUAACUUAUAA